UCAUUUGAUUUCAACUUAUUUAUAAAUGGCUUCUAUAUAAGAUGUGCUCUCUUGGUCUCUGAAUCAUUUGAAGAAAGAAGAAAUAAAGAAGAAGAUGAGGAGGAAACUGCAGUUGCUCUUGAUUUUUAUCAUUUGUGCUGCUCCUUGGGUUAUGAGCUGGUCUCCUAAUGGUGGACACAAAAAGAACAAAGGUAAUUCUACUCCAAGAAGGUUAGCUGGCUCUAAAAACUGGAAUUCUGAACUUUACCCCAUUUGGAAGGCUGGAGACUCCAGAUGGCAUGACUGUUGGAUAGGAGGGCCAAUUUCAGUUGAAGUUAACAACGACGCCCCCACUUUAACAGGAGCUAAAUCCACCUUCUACAUUAACUUGAAAUUCAACAGGAAUCAGACCAUUCGUUCUGAUGGACGGAUUGUUUGGGCUGAAAACUGCACUCUGAAUGGCACACACAUAAAUGCUGGUGAGCCAGUAUAUCCUAAUGAUACGCUGCAGAACGACGAUGAAGUAUUUCCAGAUGGAAAAUCCUUUCCAAGGACCUCCAGGAAGAAAGGAUCCAAAUUUAUCUUUGUUUGGCAAACACUUGGGAAGUACUGGCAGGUGAUAGAUGGUCCCUCCUCUCUGCUGACCAUUGACACAGCAGAUAUCCCAUUAGGAUCCUUUACCAUGGAGGUGAUUGUGUACCAUUAUCGUGGACGUGAGAAAUUCAUUCCUAUUGGAAAAGCUACUUCGCAGUUUACAGUCACAGAUCAGAUUCCAUUCUCUGUUGACAUUUCCCAGAUCAGUGAUCUCAAUGAUGCAGACAACAGCUUCAUACAGAACCGGGCUAUUCUAUUUGAAAUUAAACUCCAUGAUCCUAGCCAGUAUUUAAAAGAUGCUGAAGUCAGCUUCAAUUGGGAUUUUGGAGAUGGCAGUGGUACCCUUAUCUCCCAGAUGCAUACGGUGACCCAUAUCUACCUCUCAACAGGAGUUUUCAAGCCACGAGUAGUCCUACAGGCUGCCAUACCAUCUUCCGUGUGCAGCACAGCCAAUCCAACUGCUGAGAGUUCAAAUCCGAUUACCUCAACCAUGAGCUUUGACCCCACAUCAUCUCCCCCCUUUGUGAUUUCUGAACUGGCUGUGUCCCCUGCAUCUAAUCAGCCAGCUGCAGGGGAGGUUUCCACAGGAAAUACUGCUCCUUCUCAACCACCAACAAUUGAACCUAUAGCUGUAACUUCUCCAGUAUCUGAUUCCCCAGUACCACCAUCUCAGCAGGAACCAAUCAUAAUUCUCACUGUCACUCUUCCGAUUCCUUCUUCCACCAUCAAUUCUGCUGCCCCUGAUGAAACUUUAAAUGCAGCCAUUGCUGUUUCAGAACAAAAUAUAAAUGCAGCAAGCCCUGCUACUGAUGAUGCUAUAAAUGCAGCCCCAGAACAAGCUACAAAUGCACCAACUGCAGCCCCAGAACAGGCUACAAAUGCGGUAACUGCAGCCCCAGAACAGGCUACAAAUGCGGCAACUGCAGCCCCAGAACAGGCUACAAAUGCGGCAACUGCAGCCCCAGAACAGGCUAUAAAUGCGGCAACUGCAGCCCCAGAACAGGCUAUAAAUGCAGCAACCCCAGUCACUGAUGAAGCUUUAAAUGCAGCAAUCGCCGUUUCAGAGCAAACUAUAAAUGUGGAAGCGACCAGUGCAACUGUAAAUACAGCAACUCUUGCCACUGAUGAGGCUAUCAUUGCAGCAACCUUCAUCACUGAUGAAGCUCCAAAUGUGGAAAACACUGCCUCAGAACAACCAACUGAUGAACCUGCUACAAAUUUGAUUCUAGAUAGUGAGACAACUGCAACAGGCACUAAUCAGGGAUUGCUGCUGGUGAAACGAGAGGCUCUGGAAGACCCAGCAAAUAAUUGCUUUAUCUAUCGCUAUGGCACCUUCACGACUACCAUCAAUACCAUUCAGAGCAUUGAAAGUGUGGAAAUUGUGCAGAUUUCAAAUGUAAUACCUGGCUCUGUGUCAGAGAUGCAGCAAAAUGCUGUGGAUUUCACAGUGACUUGUCAAGGAAGCUUCCCAAGUGAGAUUUGUACUGUUAUCUUGGAUGCAGACUGUAUAAAUCCUCAGCAAACAGACUGCAGUGAAGUGCUACCCGCUGAUGAAUGUCAACUUAUCCUUCGCCAAUUCUUCAACUCCUCUGGGAUUUACUGUGUGAAUGUUUCGAUGACCAAUGCAGUCAGUUUGGCUGUUGCCAGUGCACAUGUUGACGUGAACCCAACUGCAGGUGGGACACCAAAUACCACUGAGGCACUAGUACUUGUUGGAAUGUUUCUCAUUGCUAGCAUCAUUGGAGUUGUAGCUGUUACCUACAGGAAGUACAAGGAAUAUGCUCCAUUGCAUCAGGAUCCCUCGAGGAUUCAUUCUGAGAGGAUUCCAGACAGAGGAGUGGUGAACAUUUUCCUGAAAAACAUAUUCAGCCGUCCACGGAGCGGAGUGGGCGAGAACAGUCCCCUGCUGCACGGGUGUGUCGUCUGAAUCAUUUCACAUGAGUUAUUAAAGCAAAUUCAUGUAACUAAUAAAAUGUAAUCAAAGUGUAA